AUGAGUGAGCAAAACGGUAUCAAUGGUGAUGCCAAAAUGAUAUACGUGGCUGAAUACCUGCAAGAAAGAACCCAGUCGCAACCUGAGAACCCCUUUGCGGCUCUCAUCCCGGACCAGCAAAUAGCCAUUGUGCCGGAGUUCACUCUCGAGUCUGGUGUUACGCUCUAUAAUGUCCCUGUGGCCUACACUACCCGGGGCAAGCUGUCGGCCUCUGGCGACAACGCCAUGGUGAUAUGCCAUGCCCUAACCGGCAGCGCUGAUGUGAGCGACUGGUGGGGUCCUCUGCUUGGUGGUCCGGGUAGGGCUUUCGAUACAUCAAGAUUCUUCAUCGUAUGUAUGAACAGCCUGGGCAGCCCGUACGGCUCAGCAAGCCCCGUGACGGCCAAGGAUGGCGAUGCCAAAAAUGGCUAUUAUGGACCCGAGUUUCCUCUCACGACUAUCCGAGAUGACGUGAAUCUACACAAACUCAUCUUGGAUGACCUAGGAGUGAAGCAAGUGGCUGCUGUAAUCGGCGGUUCCCUCGGGGGCAUGUUUGUUUUGGAGUGGGCGUACUUUGGCAAGGACUAUGUUCGCUGCGUGGUGCCGAUUGCCACGUCCAGCCGGCACAGCGCAUGGGGCAUUAGCUGGGGCGAGGCUCAACGCCAGAGCAUCUAUGCCGACCCAAAGUAUGACGACGGAUACUAUCCGUUUGAUGAUCCGCCUGUGACUGGGCUCGGUGCGGCUCGCAUGUCUGCGCUGCUCACUUACCGCAGUCGCAACUCGUUCGAAUCACGGUUUGGCCGCAACAUUCCCGACCCUUCCAAGAUUCAGUCCAUCCGAGAGCGGCCCAGCCCCAGCACACCGUCGGAAGCGCACUUUCACAUCCAUAAUGAUGGCCACAAUGUGAAGCGAGCGUCAGUCUCGCGCAAGAAUAGCCAGGCUGGGUCCGGAACCAGUAGUCCGGGACCACGAUCGGCAGAAAACGCUGACCCGCAGUUCCAUGGCCCCGGGAAUGACCGCGAUCAAGGAGAAAGCUUGACUGGAGGGGAUAAACUACCUACGUCGACAUACUUUUCGGCACAGUCCUAUCUGCGCUAUCAGGGAAAGAAAUUCGUCAAGCGCUUCGACAGCAACUGCUACAUUGCCAUGACGCGAAAACUCGAUACUCAUGAUGUAUCUAGGGACCGCGCAUCGUCGAUCGCUGAGGCCCUUGCACUAAUCGAACAGCCCCUGCUCGUGCUUGGCAUUGAAAGCGACGGACUAUUUACCUUUGCCGAACAGGAGGAGAUUGCUCAGUACGUCAAGAAUGCGCGGCUGGAGCGUAUCGACAGCUCCGAGGGACACGACGCUUUUCUCCUGCAGUUUGAGCAGGUCAACCGCUACGUGCUGGGCUUUUUGAAGGAGAUUCUACCCGACAUCAUGUCGGUCGAGGGUGGCGCCCAGGAAGAAGAGGGCGUGGGGCAGCUGACAAAAUCGAGCACGUUUGGCGAAGCUGAGGUGGAUGACAUUACUGCGUGGUAG